AUGUUUUGGGCGCCUGCAGCAAGUGUGCAACGCCUGCACCGCGCGUGUCGCGGAUACACACUCCCUUUCCCACCCGCCAAUCCUUCUUUCUCUAUACCCAGCUCGACGGUCGUCGAGGUGACUGCGGUCGUGUGCUCCAUGUCAUCAAAAGCGACGCGUUGUCGCUUCUGGCUCGGCGGUUUAUCGACCCUUCUCCUGCUUUUAUUCGCCAAUGUCGCGUCCGCCAGCUUCCCGCUCGUCGAUUUCGAUCGCAUGGGCACCGUAGGUUUAACUGGAGCGUUUGCAGGUCUCGAUGUUUUUGACAGCAAUUCCACGACUUCGGUCACGUUCGAUCCGUCGACUGCUACACUACUUUCGCGUUCCUCCGGUGGUUCUCUAUCCUCGCUCGCCUCCACCAACUCUGGCGGUAGUAUUGUCGCGGGGUGCGCCCUCGGUGACGUCUACUACUUUGGUGGUAGCUUCACCUCCAUCGGUAACGCGACUGCCAGCAACAUUGCAUCCUACUCCCCAUCUUCCGGAGCUUUCGCCGCCUUGGGUUCGAAUGGACCUAACGGAGACGUGCGUGCUCUAUACUGCGAUUCGAUACAUAAUGCAGUAUGGGUAGGCGGGCAGUUCACCUCUCCCGCGUCUUCAGUCGCCGUUUGGAACGCCAAGUCCUCGUCAUGGUCGCCUCCACCGUUUGGCGGCCUGUCCGGCGCGGCAGCUCAGGUGUCGUCUAUCACCGCGAAUUCCUCUCAGUCUAGUAUCUUUUUGUCGGGUUCAUUCAUCGCCUCGUUUGGCUCCACCACUCUGAAUGAUACCAACAACCCCAACGUUCCGUAUUCCCCCGGUGCAUCCCCCUUUUCCUCUUCUCUCGUCCCAGUCGCGCUGCAGAAUUCCGCUGUCAACGCGGCGCCGUCGUCCACUGACGCGGAUUAUGGCAAUGUUGACACCAUCCUGUGCCCUUCUGGUCCUGACGGGCCUGGGCACACAUGGUUUGCACAGGAUGGAAAUGAGGCCGUCAUUACCGUCCUCGCGUUUUCCGUCCUCGGCGUAAGGGGAAUCCGGCUGGGAAACACAUUCUUGCAGGGUCGAGGUACCACUGGUUUCAGCGUAACAACAAUCCCGGACAACACGGUCAGAACUCUGACUUACGUCGAUCCACAGUCCGGGGCGAACCAAACGUGCACGAAUACCUGCCCGCUCUCGACCGACUCAUCGAUUCUGUAUCAAGAUUUCUUGUUCAGUGACAGUCUACAGAUCACCGGCCUGCAGAUCACACUCUCUGAAUGGCAGGGCACUGGUCCCGGUCUUCAUAUUCUUCAGCUGCUCUCGUCGGGUGCGUUCGCGUACUCGAUCGCUAGCGAGAACGGUGUCUCGUGUUUCGCGCCCGCUCCCUCCAAUGUCACGUCGACUGGCACGUGGACAGAGAAGAACGCGACCACGGACAUACCGGGCACGAUCCAGACGGUAUUGGUGUCGACGGUCGCUGUAGGCACCCCUGCCUCGCAAGCCCCCAGCUUCACGUGGAUGCCGUAUGUUUCGGGUUCGGGCCAGUAUGAUAUCUACAUGUCUGUUCCGGGGUGCACGGACUUCCAGGAUUGUGCGCUGCGCACAAGUGUAGACGUCACUGUCUUUCCUGGAGCGGGACUGCAGCCGUGGAUCACGACGGUGUCGCAGCAGAACACCAACGAUGCAUCGACGCUCAUCUAUAGCGGUCCUAUCAUUCCGUCUUCUCCGCAAUUUGUCACCACGAUCUCCAUGACGUUGGCUCAUGAUCCAGCGGGAGAGGGCCAGAAUGGGCAGUACGAACUCGUGGCCGACAGCGUGCAGUUGGUGUUGACGAGUGCCAAUGUUACAUCUAACGGCACUGCACACGGUACGAGCGGCACAUCGGGGUCACAAACGGCAUUUGGUUUCUUAGAAUGGCCCUUGAGUUCCAUGUCUUCCGUUAAUGCCACCUCGGCGUUGCCGAACAGCACUGAAACGAGCCUAGACACGCUCGGUUUCGAUCUCUACAGUGCGCUUGGCGGAGCUGCCGCACUCACGUCCUCUUCGUUGCCAUCCAUUUUGGCUGUCGUCCAGCAUCCAUCGGGUACGAUCUUUGUGGGAGGAGAGUUCAACCUCACUUCGGGCUCUGCGUCGGGGUCGUCGAAUAUCGUCUCCUUCCAGAACGGUGCGCUGGUAUCCUUGCCGAGCAACGGGCUGAAUGGUCCAGUGACGUCACUCGCUCUCUACGGCAACCAGUUGUAUGUUGGUGGUGCCUUUGACGAUACUGCGUCGGCUUCCACACAGGGUAAGUUGAGCGGCGUUGCGAUGUACAACGUGCAGCAAAACCAGUGGUCUGCACUUGAAGCUGGGCUUAACGGCGCUGUGAAUAGCCUGGACGUGUCCAAUGGUCAGGUGUUGAUUGCCGGAAAUUUCACGAACAUCGUCAGUACGUCGGGCAGCUCGUCUGACCAGAGUGCUGCAGGGUUCGUUACGUGGGAUGUUACUAGUGGUGCUUGGGUCAACAACGGAGGUUUCGUCAAUGGGAAGAUGACGUUCAUUGGGAACGGUACCUCUUCUGGGAGCCAGUUUGUUGCUGGCAAUAUUGUCACCUCCUUCUCGUAUGGUGCUACGGGCUUCGUACUAUUGCAGAACGGUCCAAACGGCGUCCCAGAAGUCAACGCACUCACCGUGCAGCUGAACAGCGCUACCGUGCAGGGAUCUUCAAGCAACUUGCAGCGUCGACAUAUGCACUCUCACGUGCACGGCUCAUCCAGUACUUGGUUCCCCAAGAUCAACUUUUCUCACGUGUUCAAGAGACAGUCUGCGACAAGCAAUCUGUCUCCGCUACCUUCGCCCAAUCCCGCACCUGCGCCUGCUGUUCUCGCUGGCGCGUUCUGGACCAACACUUCGUCGUCGAAGGAGGUGAUCAUCAUUGGGGGUAAUUUCACUUUCUCCACCUCUGGCUCGGUUUCUCAGAACGUCGCGAUCUACGAUAAUGAGACAGGUUCCAUCCAUCCGUUGGAGGGGAACCAAAUCAAUGGCACUGUCCGCGCGCUCCUGGUUCAGGGGGAUGAACUGUUCAUUGGUGGAGAGAUCACGUUGGCGGGCACGAAUAUCAAUGGUUUCGCUAUGUAUAACCUUGCCACGCAGCAGUGGGAUGUCUCCGGGUUGCAGCCUUUGCAGGCCAGCUCGGGUUCGUCCGUCGUUGUCCGUUCGAUCACUGCGUCGCCUUCUUCGUCUGGUACUGUCAUUGUUGCCGGUUCGUUUGCGCAAGCGGGGUCUAUGCCUUGUCGGUCUGUUUGCUCACUGGAGUACAAUUCGAGGAAAUGGACCGCUCUUGGCGAUGGCAUACAGGGGGAUAUCUCUUCGAUCGCAUAUGCAGGGGAUACGUUGGUCGCCGCUGGAAGUAUCGCUCUAGCCAACGGCACUCAGGCAAAUGUAGCCUCGUUUAUCUUCUCGAACUCGUCUUGGGCAUCCGUCGGGGAUGGCGCUGAAUUGCCUGGACCAGUGACAGCCGUGGCAGUCAAUGAUGGAAACUUUAACAGCGUCUUCACUGCUGGCAGAACUUCAGAUGGCACCGCAUCCUUCCUAUAUUUCUGGGAUGGCCAAUCGUGGAGUCCGGUCGGGAACACCUUGCAAGCAGCCACAGAUGUCGCCCAACUGACGAUGGUCCCAUUGCAAAACACACACAACGCCAAUUCUGUGAUCGAAUCCGAUCGAAUGCUACUUGUGUCAGGCUCUUUAUCCGACUCGUCCUUCGGAAACGCAUCGGCAGCUCUGUUCGAUGGCCAAACCUUUGUACCGUAUAUUGUAACAGCAUCAUCUUCAGGGACGCCUGGUGCGAUCUCCUCUCUUAUUUACUCCUUAUCGACUUUCAGCUUCACUCAGCAUCAUUUCCUUGCCACUGGAGUGGUUAUCCUCAUCUCGAUCGCCAUCGCCGCUGGGAUUGUGUUCUUGUUGGUGUUGAUUGGCAUCCUUUGGACACUCUUCUCUCGACGAGGCGACAAAUUGAGCAAGUUCGACACUGCAGACAUCGACCAGGACGAUGACUCGACACACCGUCCUUCUUCUUUACUUGCGCAUAUCAACGCUGCGACCAGGACGACGAUUCUGGGUGCUACAAGUCCCUUCGGCCCCAUGAAUACAGAGAAGGAAGGAGAGGAUGCAGGUGGUGCGGCUACAUCCUCUGAUCACGAUCCCUUCGAGCCGGAUGCCAGCAACUAUGUCCGCGCCGAAACGCCUUCUGAUGCGAUUAUUGGAAUGGGCGGGGAAGAGACGAGUCGAUCGGCUCACGCCCGAUACUCUUUUGACGGCGAGGGUGAAGGAGAACUUCCUCUCACUGCUGGGCAAGAGUUGGAGAUCUUGGAUGAUGGCGAUGCGGCGUGGUGGUACGCACGGGACGUGCGUUCAGGGCGUGAAGGUGUUGUACCCGCAGCGUAUGUGUAUUGA